GGUAAUGCAGUAUUAAAAAUCAUAUGAGUUAUUUCAUGUUACAUCUGUCUGAGCCUGAAAAAAAAAGAACGUAGUUAGGCUUGAAGUAUUGCAAAAAAAUAGAAAAAUGCUGCGGGUUCCCCAGGUGCUAAGAGGAGCACAAACCGCUGGUUUGUCCUCCAGCAGACUGGCGAAGAGUCUGUCAACAAGCAGCUUGUGCCAGCAGAAGGAACUAGUGGAGCUGUUCAUCGACGACCAGCCAGUCCAGGUUCCGCCUGGAACGACAGUCCUCCAGGCAGCGGCCAAGAUCGGGAUAGAGAUCCCGAGGUUCUGCUACCAUGAGCGGCUGGCAGUCGCUGGGAACUGCAGGAUGUGCUUGGUGGAGAUCGAGAAGCAGCUGAAGCCAGUGGCAGCCUGCGCGAUGCCUGUCAUGAAGGGCUGGAGGGUCAAGACCAACUCUGACCUCACUCGCAAGGCCAGGGAGGGUGUCAUGGAGUUCCUGCUGGUGAACCAUCCUCUGGACUGUCCUAUUUGUGAUCAGGGAGGCGAGUGCGACUUGCAGGACCAGAGCAUGGCUUUUGGGAGUGAUCGCAGCAGGUUCACUGAUAUUGACUUUAGUGGAAAAAGAGCUGUUGAGGACAAGGAUAUUGGACCUCUGGUUAAGACUGUUAUGACGCGAUGUAUUCAUUGCACCAGGUGUAUCAGAUUCGCUUCAGAGGUCGCCGGAAUCGACGACCUGGGAACAACCGGCCGUGGGACUGACAUGCAAGUCGGAACUUACGUAGAAAAGAUGUUCCUCUCCGAGCUCUCAGGGAACAUAAUAGACUUAUGUCCAGUCGGAGCGCUGACCAGCAAGCCUUACGCAUUCGUAGCUCGACCCUGGGAGACCCGGCGGACUGACAGCAUCGACAUCUCCGACGCAGUCGGCAGCAACAUCGUUGUCUCCUCUCGAACCGGAGAAGUCUUGAGAAUUCUUCCGAGGGUCAACGAAGAAGUUAACGAGGAGUGGAUUAGCGACAAGGCCAGGUUCGCUUGCGACGGACUGAAGCGCCAGAGGCUGAUCACGCCGAUGGUGCGGACCCAGGGGAAGCUUGUGAAUGUAGAGUGGGAGAGCGCGCUGAUGGCUGCUGCUCAAGGGCUUCAAAAUAUUCCGAAGGACAAGACAGCUGUUAUUGCUGGAAAGCUCGCUGAUGCUGAAGCUCUGGUCGUUCUUAAGGACCUGGUUAAUAAAUUAGGUGGUGAAGCUUUAGCUACUGAGCAAAGCUACCCCACUGACGGCGCUGGGAUUGAUUUAAGGAGCAGCUACUUACUGAAUAACAAGAUCCAGAAUGUCGAAGAAGCUGACGCUGUUCUGCUGAUUGGAACCAAUCCAAGGUAUGAAGCUCCGCUGAUCAAUACUAGAUUGAGAAAAGGAUACUUGCAUGGAGAACAGAACAUUGGGGUCAUUGGACCCAAGGUUGAUCUCACUUACCAGUAUCAACAUCUUGGACAGUCUCCGGAGAUUAUCAAUCAGUUGAUCAAUAAUCAGCAUCCUUUUAAUGAUACUUUGAAGAAUGCCAAGAAGCCCAUGAUUAUUUUAGGCGCUGAGCUGCUUGCUAGGGCUGAUGGGGCCAAGAUUCUUUCUGCUACGCAGGAACUUGCUAAGGCUCUUGGGGAUCACACUAAGGCCUCUCCAGACUGGAAAGUACUAAACAUCUUGCAUACAAACGCGUCGCAAGUAGCAGCUUUGGAUCUAGGCUACGGAACAUCAACAGUCAGCCAAAUAAAGCAGUCGCAACCGAAAGUCCUGUUUCUCCUGGGAGCUGACGACUCCAACAUCACCCGGGAAGACUUCCCGAACACCUUCAUCAUCUACAUCGGCAGCCACGGCGACCGCGGAGCGACAAUUGCCGACGUAGUCUUAGCCGGAGCGGCUUACACCGAGAAAACCGGCAGCUACGUCAACACCGAGGGCAGAGCGCAGCAGACUGGAGUUGCAUUGACUCCCCCAGGAAUGGCCAGGCCCGACUGGAAGAUCGUCAGGGCCCUGGCUGAGUUUUCUGCGGUCACUCUGCCGUAUGAUAAUUUGUCUGAAGUCAGGGACAGGAUUGCUGAGAUUGCUCCGCACUUGGUCCGCUACGGGGAAGUUGAACCGGCGAACUUCUUCGCUCAGGCGCUUGAAUUGUCCAGGAAAACCGGAGGAUCCUUCCUGCAAGAUCCAGUGGAUGUCAAGCAGAAAUCCCUGGAGCAAUUUUUCAUGACUGACGUAGUGUCUCGCGCAUCUCCGACCAUGGCCAAGUGUGUCCAGGCGGUUUUGAAGCAACGUCAGGCUCAAGUUUAAUUUAUACAUAUAUUUAUUACCAUUUAAAUAUAAUAAUAAAUUAAAAAAUAUGUAAAUAGAAAAUACUGUUAAAGGAUAGUAAGAUAUUUAAAUUCAUUUUUUAAAUAAAAAUUCAUAGUAAUAAUAUGACCUGAUUCAAAUAAAAAGAUUGCAGGUUCA